AUGGAGGCUACGGCGCUGAGCUUGGGCAAGUCCGUGCUGGAUGGAGCGCUUGGCUACGCCAAAUCCGCUGUAGCGGAGGAGGUGGCCUUGCAGCUUGGCGUCCAGCGUGACCAUGCUUUCAUCAGGGAAGAGCUCGAGAUGAUGCGUGCUUUCCUGAGGGCCGCGCAUGACGAGCGAGACAACCACCAGAGCGCUGGCUCCAAGUCUGGAGACGGCGCUGAGGUGUCCGGUGCAACAGCAAUGUCAGGCAUGGAGGAAGCACUGCGACAACAGAACAAGUCCAAAGUGAAUCUCAUUCGACUGAUCAACGAGAAGGACGAGGACCUUAGAGUGAUCGGUGUAUGGGGAACAAGUGACGUCCUUGGGGAGAAAUGCAUUGUCAAGAGAGCAUACAAUGGCCUCAAAAGGGACAGGAAGUUCCAGUACCACGCCUGGAUCAAAAUGGUGCGUCCUCUCAAUACAACAGCGAUUCUACAAGAUAUUGUGAUGCAAUUCUCUGUAGAUUCUCUCAAGGAAGAAACAAAGAAACAUACAUCAGCUCCUGAAGCUCAAGAUCUGCGGAGGUUGUGGGUGGCCAAGGAAGAUGAUUUGGCUGACGAGUUCAGGAAAUUCUUGAGUGAGAAGAGUUACCUGAUUGUGGUUAAUGACCUAUCCACUAUGGAUGAGUGGGACCAGAUCAGAACAUGCUUCCCGACUAACAAGAAAGGAAGUCGACUCCUAGUGUGUACGCAGCAUGUAAAAGUUGCAAGCUUGUGUGUUGAGCCAUCAACUCUGCUGCCGGAGCACAAGCAAUUGUUCCCUGAUAAAGCCCUCUAUGCUUUCUAUGACAAGGGUUCACAAGACAUAACAUGUUCAGUGGAUCCGGGGCCUACCUCAACUACAGAGACUAUUGAUGACAGUAGCUCUGGGAAUGGAAAGUAUCUCACUCGCAUGGAGACAAAUGUAACUGCUUUCAAGGAAUAUAAGCUCAUCGGACGACAGAACGAAAAGUCACAAAUUCUCAAGUUGAUUUCAAAUGAAGUUAGCCAAGAUUUCAAGAUCAUCUCUGUAUGGGGAAUGGGUGGUCUUGGCAAAACCACACUGGUUAAAGAUGUCUAUCAAAGCCAAGAGAUCAACGCUAUGUUUGACAAGCGUGCUUGUGUCACAGUAAAGCGGCCUUUCAAUCCUACAGAAGUUCUCAAUAGUUUGGCCGAGCAACUGAGUGGUGAGAAGCAAUGGAACCAUGACAUUUUAGAUGGAAAAAAAUACUUGAUUGUUCUUGAUGAUUUAUCGACCACCAAAGAAUGGGAUGAUAUACAGAGCCAUUUCCCUAGAAUGGUAACAGAAAGCCGGAUCAUAGUCACCACAAGGUUAAAUGAAAUUGCAAGGCAUUGUUCAUUGAAGACGACACAUAUCAUGGAGUUCAAAAUUCUAGACGCACAUGACCUCUUCACGGAGAAGGUAUUUGGGAAGAUUACAAAUUUAAAUGAGGAGUGCCCUGAUGAGUUGUACGAGGUGGCUGAAUUGAUUAUGAAGAAGUGCAAAGGACUUCCUCUUGCAAUAGUGACCAUAGGUGGCUUCUUAGCAAAGCAACCAAAAACUCCUAUGGAGUGGAAAAAAUUGAACUCACAUAUUAGUGCUGAGUUGGAAAUGAAUCAAGGGCUCAGAAAUAUUAAAAAUGUCCUUAAUAAGAGCUACGAUGGUUUACCUUAUCAUCUGAAGCCUUGUUUCUUAUAUCUGUCUAUCUUUCCUGAAGACCAAGAUAUUAAACGAAACUGCUUGGUGCGCCGGUGGAUUGCUGAGGGUUACUCGACAGAGGUGCUUGGUAAGUCUGUUGAAGAAAUAGCUGAGAGCCACUUCAUGGAACUCAUUGACAGGAGCAUGAUACUAACAAAUAGAUCAACAUAUUUUAGCCAAAAAGUAAUUGACUCUUGCCAAGUCCAUGAUCUCAUGCGUGAAAUCAGCAUCUCAAAAGCAGUAGAGGAAAAUCUUGUAUUCAGGCUAGAAGAAGGUUGCAACUCAAACACAAAUGGGAUGGCACGCCACCUUAGUAUAAGUGACAAUUGGAAGGGAAACCAGGCUGAUUUUUAG